AUGGUUUUUUCUUUAUCAACACCAAAAAAAGAAACAGAAAAAUGGAAAAAAUUAUCAAAAUCAAGUGGGUUAAUCUGCUGUUGUAAUUUUAUACGUAAAAAACCAUCUAGUAUAUGUCGCUCACCAAUAUAUACUACAAGAGAAUUUUCUUUAGAUAAUUUACAAAAUCAAAUAAUCGGAGAAAAUAAUAUUAAUACAUCCUCAAAACAAAGACCUAUUUCAAAUAAUGCAAAUGGUCAUUUUAAUAAAAUAAUUAUUCCGAAUAAUUAUUUUUCUGAUGAAAUAAUAAGUAAUAGAGAAGAUUAUUUAGAUUGUGACGAAACACCUUUAAAUGUUAGAAAAACAAAAGAGGAUUUGUUAUAUAAUACGGCAAGAACGUCUAGAACUGAAGAAUUAAUUGAAUACCCUUCAAUGUCAAAAUUAAUUAUUAAAAUAAUUGAAAAUGAAAAAAGUGAAAAAGGAAAGAAAAUAGAUAAUCAACGACAAGAAGAUAAAUCUGUCAAUUCAAUGAAAGAAGUUAACAAUGAAUUUAAGAGACUGGACGCUUACCAGUCGCCCACUGUGCUAUUGAAUCCAGCUUUACUUUCGUCCUCUCCUCUAUCUUCAAAAGAUUUGGAAAAUCAAUCAACUCAAAUGGGCAUACAACAUCAUAAAUUUAACGAGUUACCUUAUUUUGCCUCAAUUCUUUGGAAUAUUUAUUUAUGGGUGUCUUCUUCUUUAGUUUUAUUUUUUGAAUGGAUUUUUUAA